GUCCUCCAAAAAUGAUAAUUAUUAACUGGUCAAGGUGUGUUUUUGGAAUAUUGGUGGACUGAAAUCAAUCCAAUUUUUCUGAAACAAAUUGAAUACUUCGACCUGAUACAUGUAUUUCUAGCAGAAACGCAUCUUGGUCCUGAGUCAUCAAUAUCCAGUCUGGGUUCUUAUCAUUUUCAUACAAUAUGUAGUCCAAACACAAGAACCGAUACUUUGUAGGACUGGGUAUAUCAAGAAAAUGUUUAAACAACUCUAUUACAAUUUUACCAAAUACUUGCAAAGACUAUCAAUGGAUUAAACUGGACAAAAUCGUUUCAACUUGUACCAAGAUCUAUACAUAUGUUUAAUUUAUAUACUCCCCACAGUGUCUACCUACAUUCAAAAAACUUUACCAUGAUAUUUUUGAUUGUUUAGAGCAAGACAUUGUAGAAUACAAAGGUCUUGGUAAUAUCAUUCUAUGCGGAUAUUUUAAUGCCAGAACUGGAUCUGAGACAGCUAUUAGAGAGGUUAAGCAACUGACCGUGUACGUCUACGUGUACUUGUGACUAGGGGAAUCCCCUCUUUUAUUGCGUAUUACGUCAUCAUUUUCGCACACAACGUCAUUCUACAAGUUGUACACAACGCGUAGAGCUGAGAGUACACGGCGCGGGGACAGAAAUGAAUACCGACAGGAAAAAACAGAUCCGAUUUAAACCUGAGGAUGAUCUACGGCUUUUAAGGGAAGUUGUCGGGAGUAAUCCCCUGAGAAACAAAAACAAAUGGGCUGAAAUAGCUGAAACUCUAUCAACAUCGACUUUUAUUCUGGACAGUAGACGAGUGAGAGAACGUACAAAUCUCCUCAUUGAACAACAUAAACGAGAAACUAGGAAAAUCUUAAAAAGAUCUGGUGUCGAUGAAGAUGUUUCGGAAAAAACAAACCUGCUCGACAAUGUCAUAGAAUUGAAAAAUGAAGAGGAGAGAGAGAAGAAAGAAGAAAAAGAAAAGAAGGACAGAUCAGAAAAUUUAGGGAAAGAAAUCAGGAAAAGGGCACUUGAAUGCCUUACACCAAAGAAAAGUAUGAAAAUAUUAUUGUGUCAUUGUAUUACAAGGCUCAUGUGAUUUGUUUGGGGGAAAAUGCAUUGAUUUGUCGUGUAAACAAAUUCUUUCAUUAUUAUUGUUGUUGAUAGUGUUGAUUUUCUUCCAUUAUUUGAUGAUUACUCUGCAGACAAUCAGUUAAUUCACAGAUCUUGCAAAGAUUGUAUAAUAGAUAGAAGAGGUAGAGAUGUAAUUGAUAUGUGUAUUGGAAAUCAAUUGAGAUUCAUAAAUGGAAGAAUUUUUGGUGACAUGUUUGGAAAUUUUACUUGUUUCACCCCAAAUGGAUCCAGUACUGUUAUGCAAUAGUAUCUAAGCAAAUACUGAAUGGUAUUUUGUAUUUUAGAGUGUCUCAAUUUAUACCUUCAUUAUCUGACACCCAUUGCAAUUGUCUUGAGCUGUAUCAACUAGAUUCAAAAUUGAAGAGAGUUCUGACUGGAUGAAUACACAUAUUUUAUUGUCAAAUUUUCAUUGGUUUAAUGAUUCACCAGAAAAAUUUUGAUUGCUUUUAACACUUCUGGAAUUCGAUUACGUAAAUUCUAUCAAAUAUGCAAUACUCCUACCAAAUCACAGGAAAUUGUUAAUAGAAUAGCUAACAAUUUUUCUGACAUUUUCAUAAGUGCUUCUUCUCAAUCUCUGAUCAGAAAAAGCAAAAUCAUACAAUAAACCAAGCUGCUAGAACAUCUGAUCAUAUGUUUAUCUUACAAACAAUUAUUGAUAAAUACUGUAACUCUAAAGAUGGGAGAGUAUUUAUUUAUUAUUGAUUUCCAGAAAGCCUUUGAUACUGUAAUUCACACGGCAUUAAACUUAAACUUUUAGAACUAGGCAUUGGUAACCUCUUUUCAAUAUUGUUAAGAAAAUAUAUGAUGUCAUCAUUAGUUCAAUUAGAUGCAACAAUUUCGUUACUGACUCGAUGCCAGUAACACAGGGAGUGAAACAAGAAGAUAAUUUAAGCCCAAAUUUAUUAAAAAUUUUGCCCAACUACUUCCAAGAUUGCAUUGAUUGCGAUUUUCUAAAUGAUCAGUCUAUUUUAAUUUUUAAUUAUUAAGAUCAAUUAGAAUAGUUUAUUAUAUGCUGAUGACCUUGUACUUCUAUCUACUAAAACGCCUUCAAAAAGACUUGAUAUUCUAACUAAGUUUUGAACUGACUGGUGCUUAUCUGUAAAUCCCACUAAAACCAAAUUGCUUAUUUUUUAACAAGGAUGACAGAUUUAUUCAGGAAGAAAGUCCUGUUUGAUAACAGCAGAAUUGACUGUGUUCAACAACACUGGGAACUAAGUUAAAAUGUUUGGGUGUUUUUUUCAAAAGAGAAUUACUUGUCAAUUAUUAAAAGUAUGGUUACAGAAGAAGCUUCAGCAGGUUCAGAAUUUUAUGUUAUAAAAUCAUUGAAACUGGUAGAUACAGAAAUAAACCUGCAUAUCUUAGAAUAUGCUCACAAUGUAAUUCUGGUGCUGUAAGUAAGGUUUGUCACCCAUUGUGUCAACACGGAGAAUUUACAGUCAUAAGGCUGUAUAAAUAUCACUGAACGUUUGAUAGUAUGCCCACGUGUGUGGAUGUUAAUUCAGUAUAAAGGCCUAGUGAACUUUUUUUUAUCAUGCGUGACAUUUACUUUCAACUAAUUUUGAUAACAACGAAGGCAUGAUUAUUAUCAUGUUUAACGUUGUAAAAAAUAAAGUAUAUGCUGUACCAAUAGAAUAGUGUUCAAAAUUCAUUACCUCACUAUCUAACAUAUUUACUUCUAAUUAUGAAAUUUACUAUUUUUAAUAUUUUAUCGACCAAUGAAAAAAGGGCUAUCCCGAAAUUAUGUCAACUUCCGUCCUCGGACUAGCGAUUUUUGGCAUCUGAGAAGCAUUAGACGAUGUUUGACGGUUCAUUAUAACCGAUAGAUGGACUUUAUUUCUAGAUCGCCAUGACGAUGCAAGAUUAAUUGAUUGUUUAUAUAUUGAGGGACUUUCGAGAAUAUUUCACCCAUAUGGAGAAAUAUGCCGGUGAAGGGCAAUUUAGCCUAUGUCGGCGCUUAUGGCCAUUGAACAGGGAGGGAUCUUUAUCUUGCCACACCUGCUGUGACACGGGACCUCAGGUUUUGCGAUCUCAUCCGAAAGACCACCCCCGUUUAGUCGCCUUUUAAGACAAGCAAGGGGGGUACUGAGGACCUAUUCUAAUCCGGAAAACAUUGACAAAGUUGCUUCUAAACGUUAGGGGUCUAAUUUACAUUUUAUAUUGAACUUUUCACCGAAAAUUGCAAUUGAUGUAGCUGGUAAAAAAAAAUGAAGGCGACGUGAUAUACCUUGUGAAUAUUUUGUUUAAAUAGAAAGACAAUUUUUUUUUAAUUAUUUAAGAAAUGAACAACACUUUUGAGGCAUUCGGAUUUGGAUUUGAGGCAAAUUCUGUGAAUAGCGCUAGCGAUUCACAGAGAAUUUGCCUCAAAUCCAAAUCCAUUCAUAUUGACCAUGAACAGCUAAAAAAUGCUGUUCAUUUCUUAUAUUUAUAUUCAUUUACUAAAUCACCAUUUGUUUACAUUGUUAAGUCAGGCAAUAUUUUGUUGCAUAAAACGAACUCCUAAGAUCCAUCUAUGUUUCAGUCGUAUAUAUGUGACGUACGUCAAAACAUAGACAUAACGUCACAUUUUACCCUGCCUUUUAUCAACAUUGCACGGUGCACUGUAUUUUGGAGCUAGGAGACCACAAGAUUGGGGUGAUAAGUUCACAAUCUUAAUCCGGGUUGUGACUUUGUGAGACAUUUGAAAUCAUUACGCUCUAUCAGUCGCGUGCUUUAAACUAGUUCAUAAUGCGUUCAUAGUCAAUAUGAACGGAUUGUGUCGCGUGCUGAAAUUGGUUGGUUCAUCGAGGAAAAUGCGAUUUGUAUUAUAAAUAUAGAUAUUCAAAACGUCGAGUGCCUGUGAUUGUUUUAUAGUGUAUCUAACUUAUAUUGAAUAUUUCAUUUCCGGAACAGAUUGCAUCGCUCUAAUUUACAAAGUUCGUACCAAAUGUUUUCGAUUUACAAAAGAACAUGCAAUAAGACCGAUAAAUAUAUAUCAUACUCGUACUUUUUCAUUGUCAGAUACAUAUACAUAUACUUUAUACACUUUGCUACAAACAAAUUGAACUUCUCUGUUUUCAAAUAUGUCUGGACAAAAUGUGAAUAAAUAUGUAAAACACGUUAAAAAAAAAAAAGCAACAUUAUAAACUGAAUUAAGUCAAGGUGAUCAUUAUUAGUGUUUACUGGAUAUUUGUUUUCAGAGCUUCACCCGUAUUAACACUAUGUAAUCGCGAACUCUUUUCACACAUUGAAUAAGAACCUCCAGGUCCAUCAUGUUUGUA